AUGAAAAUUUCAAUACAAAUCUGGUCUACAUGGCUAGUGACCCUCUUCACAAACUACGCUAGAGCAAAGAGCUUCGUAGAAUGAUUUUCGUGAGGAAACUUCUGUUGAAUAGACGGAGAGUGAGCUAGCGCUCUAGGUUGAACCUAUCUGUACCUCACUUUUAUACUUUCAACAAUUCUUAUAAUUCUAAUCAUCAUUUAUUGAAUAAAGAAGUGAAAAGGCACAAGUGGAACCAAAAACUCUUUUCCAACUGGAAAAGUCAAAGAUGUAUCCAAAUAACGCCAAACAACAGAAAGUUGAAAUGAAAACUAGCAGAAAUUUCCUUAAUAAUGAAGAAGAGAGACUAGAGACGUUAGAUAGGCUAGACAAUCAUAAACCAAUGAGAGUUUUACCUAAAAAGAACCCAAGAACUGAGAUUUUAUAUGACCUCCCUCCUGAAGAUGAAAAUCCUCCAGAAUAUCCUAUUAUCAACGACCCCAAAAAGGCAACUAUCGGAGUAAACACUGAUGUUUCAUCUCCAUCUAUAUUCAUGAAGCAGUACAAAAUAAAUGAAGGAACUGAUGUCAAAAUAAUUAAGCCAAUGCUAAUAGACUCUUCCAUUGUAGACUCGAUCAAGAAUGAAAAUGAUCAACAAUUGAACAAGAACGCAUACCAAGAAUUCACCAGAAGAGUGAAUAAUUACAGAAAGGAUCCCACAGAGGAGGACUCAAAUGAAGACUCUGAUGAACCAGAAGGAGACACUCCCCAAAAUAAUUUUUAUUAUGAGGAAACCCGCAACUUUUAUCAUAAGCCUAAGGAAUCCAAGAAGACUGGUGAUCAGGGCAAAAUUAUACGCAUGCUCAAUUAGUUUCAAUAA